AUGGAAAGAAGUGAACCCACAUUAGUACCAGAAUGGCUGAAAAACUGUGGAAGUCUGGCGGGUGUUGGCACUGCAUCACAUUCAGAUGAUCAUUCUGCAUCAAAACUAGCAAGCGAUAAGUCAUUUGUGGCAAGCAAUGGUCAUGAUUUAGGGGGUACGGACAGAACUACAUCAUCUUUCCAUUGGAGAUCCAGUAGUAAUGGUUCUGGUCACUUGAGGUCCUAUGGUAGUUUUGCAAGGAAUCACCGCAAUAGGGAAUGGGAGGACACAUAUGGUUCUCGUGAUAAAGAAAGGGACCGUAGACACGAGUACAUUUCAGAUCCAUUGGGGGGCAACAUUUUGUCUAGUAAAUUUGAGCAGGACAGUUUGAGGCGCUCACAGCCGAUUUCUGGGAAACAUGUGGAUUCAUGGCCUAAGAAAGUUGCAACUGAUUUGAGCAAUACCAGUGGAAACAACAGCAAUGGUCUGCUCACUAAGGGUAGUCCUAUUAACAGUGUCAACAAAGCCUCUUUUGAGAGAGAUUUUCCAUCCUUGGGAGUGGAAGAACGACCGGCCACUCCAGAGGUUGGAAGGAUUCCGUCUCCCGGCUUGAGUACUGCUAUUCAGAACUUACCCAUUGGUACCUCAGCCAUGAUAGGUGGCGAAAAAUGGACAUCUGCUUUGGCAGAAGUGCCCGUUUUAACUGGAAGACUAGCUAAUCCUUCAAGUUCUGCCCCUAUGGCUUUGGGCACAACCACUGGUCUUAAUAUGGCUGCAACUGUGGCUCAGGGUCCUGCUCGUGCUCAGACUAUGCCUCAGUUGUCUGCUGGAACUCAGAGACUUGAAGAACUGGCGAUAAAACAAUCUAGGCAAUUGAUUCCGGUAACGCAGUCCAUGCUGAAACCCUUGGUCUUGACUUCUGAUAAACAAAAAACUAAGGGGGGUCAGCUACAGCAUCCGGUUUCGCCUUCACUUUCUGCUAGUCACUCUCCUCAGGGUGGGCUCGUGAAGUCUGAUGUUUCGAAGACAAGCAAUGUCGGAAAGCUCCAUGUUCUCAAGCCAGUGCGAGAGAAGAAUGCGGUAUCUUCUGCUGCAAAGGAUAACCUGAGCCCAACGAGCUGUAGCAAAUUAGUAAAUUCCUCCCUUUCUAUGGCUCCAUCAGCUUCUGCGGCUUCUCCCAGUGUGGUCCCAUCAAACAACUCAAUCAUUCCUGGUGCUGAGCACAAGCCUGCAUUGACUGCGCUGGAGAAGAGACCCACUCAAGCUCAAAGUCGAAAUGAUUUUUUCAAACUCAUGAGGAAGAAAUCCAUGGCAAACUCGUUGUCUGUUUCAGAUCAUGGUACUUCUGUGUCACCACCUGCUACAGAUAAGUUCGGUGAAUUAGAGGUCACUGCUUUAGGUACUCUUAAUGCUUCUGAUGCGCCAUUGUGUGUAAGCCCUAGGGGAGGCCAUUUGUCUGACAAGAAUGGUGACCUCACUUGCAAUGGUGAUGCUUGUGAAGGGCAGAAAUAUGUCAGUAAUGGAAAGAAACAUCAAAGUUCCGAUCCUAUAAUUUCAGAGGAGGAGGCUGCCUUUUUGCGCUCCAUGGGCUGGGAGGAGAAUGCUGAUGAGGGUGGUCUUACUGAAGAAGAAAUCAGUGCUUUCUACAGGGAUGUAACUAAGCACAUCAAUUCGAAGCCAUCACUGGAAAUACUGCUAAAAGUACAGCCCAAGUUUUUGUUGCCCAUAGACUCGCAAAUUGGGAGCAUUGGUGGCAUUUCUUCUGGAUUGAGCUCAUCUGAAACUAAGCUGGAAUCUUGA